AUGGAACCGAGGCAGCGUCGCCUUCGCGUCAUCCGCCGUUUACUCUGCCUCUUCCUCUUCCUCUUUCUCGCCGCAUCUUCCAUUCGUAAGUUCCGUUAUUCGGUGAAAGAAGCGCGACACUUCGCCGCGGAAUCGCUGAUACAUUUGGCGAAAGAUUUAGACGAAGAAAUCCUCGAUGUUUCCCGGUUUAAUACUAAUGUCUACAACAGCGCACAAAGGCGUUCAGAGGAAGAUUUUAAGGAAGAACCGGAAGUGUACGAACGACCGAGCUCACCGAUGCCACCUGCGGAUCCGAGCGCGCCACCUCCACCUCCGGUGGCGCCGAGCAUGCCGCCACCAGAUGAUGCGAUGAGAAGAGAAAGGUCGGAUACGCUAAUAACACCAUCAUCAUCAUCGAGCGCAAUCAAUCGAAACUUAGUAUUCUUUUCCGGCUCUUUGAACGAACCUACCGUAAAAGAUCAUCCUUUAUAUAAAUCUAACGAGGACGAUUCGACAGAUUUGUGGGCUAAACGCAGACGAGAGUUGUUCGACGGUUCGUUGCCGCACCCGUACGUGGACGAGGACGACGAAGACACGGCGCAUUCCGAGCAGACGAAAAGAUAUAUAAGUUUAGAUAAAAUUUUAGAUUUGAAAGGAUUGAGGAAGAAGUAUCCGCCGUAUACGAUGGAAAAAGUAGAAUUGGGGACGGAGAGGCCGUUGCACGUGACGUUUGCGACGGUGGAGUUGGUGACGUUGGUGGAUAAUUGGCUGACGUACAGCGUAAGAGCGAAUAUUAAGAAGAUUGUGGUCGUGAGUUUAGACGAGGCGUUGCACACGUGGUGCGAGAAAGAGUUGGAAAAGAGAAGGAAGCAUCGACGCGAGAGCGAUGGUGAUAAUGAUGACGAUAACGAUGAGUUCGCGUGCGUGCCCGGCGGUCACUUGUUGGACAAGAGUAAAUUAGGGCAUUCCCAAUCCGGCGGCUUUCGAGAAGUGAAGGAAUCCUUUUACGCGUUGAUGAACGUGAAGAUACAAAUCAUCGAAACUUUCUUGUUGAAUGGAUACGACUUGUUGAUCUCCGAUGCGGACGUCACGUGGGUGCGCGAUCCGAUGCCGUAUUUUAACACUGGAAACUUAGGUAAAGUCGACAUCGCUGUCUCGGCCGACUGUGUGUUUGACUUUCGGGGCGAUUUAAUCGAUCAAGACGAAAUCGACUUGCACAGAAAGUUGAAUUUUCCGCAGUUGACGACGACCGUGUUUACAAAGUGGGAACAUUUUCGAGACCCGUUCACGCAACUCCCGUGGCCGUAUCUAGCCGAGUAUAACACGGGCAUGCUGUUGUUGCGAGCGACGUUGGAAUCUCUGAGAUUCGUGAAAGAUUGGAAGCACGGGAUGGAAGCCGGGAAAAAGUUGUCCUUCGCGAACGACCAGCACCAUUUCAACGCAAUCACGCGGUCGAGGUGGUUACAACGGAAAUCGUUGCCUGGGUAUUGUAAGAAACUGACUGAUGUUGGCGAGAAGAGUUCGAUGUGUCGCGCGUUCGAUAAACCAACUGCAGACAAUCGACAUCCGGAUGAUUACUUCAGAAGGCCGGAUAAAACGUACGAUCCUUCGAAACCAAAAAUGACCGUCAUGGACCCAGAUUUUGUGCCGAGAGAUAAAGAAGGCUUGUGCGAACCAGUGACGCUCGAUGCGAUGAAAAUUGCGAAGGGAAAUGCGAACGAUGGGUUCUUUUGCGAAAAAUAUCCUCCCGAUUUCGUCGCGUUCGCGGAGGAUUACAAGAGAGGUUUGCGUCCGUUGUAUUCAUACGGAGGUACGUCUGGUUCGUUGCGCGUGGCAAAGCUACCGACGAGUUUGUUCUCCAACGGAAUGGUUUUCUUCAUGGGUAAAGACUACUCGAAACGUUCGAUUGUUCCUUACGGUGUUCACAACACGUACGUGUACGAUGGCGCGCAAGGCAAAAUUUGGCGCUUUCGCGAAGCCGGCAUGUGGGCAGAUAAGAAACCGUACUUUUUAGGCUCGUCCAUGUAUAACAAAGACCUUGGCGCCAAUCAUGGUGGUAGUAGUGCGAAAUCAAAGGUCAAAGAUCCUGUUGUUGUGUUUGAAGAAAAAGAAGAAGAAGAAGAAGACCUGAGCAAAGAGAAUGAUUUGAAGACGCUCAUCGUGCGCAUGUCCAUACCGGAUUGGUUGGAAAAAUCCGUCAACGAAUCCAUAACGACCUCGAAAGGCGAAAUUCCAAUCGGUCACAUGAACGGUUUGCGUUGGCAACUCGCGCGCGUUCGCGACGCCGUGGCUAUUGCAAAGAUGUUAGACCGAGCGUUGAUCAUGCCCCAGUUCAUAUGCGGAUGUCACAGACACUUCAAUCUGUUGGUCAAUUGCACCAUGGGCGCGAUGACGAUUCCGUUCGUCUGCCCAAUCGACCACUGGGCGUUACCGAGAACGUUCGGUAAUUUACCCAUUCCUAUUCGCGAAGCGUCCUAUUUUGAAAACAGAGUCAACGCAGGGUUCAAGCCAUUCACUUCUCCAGCACCAAGAAUCGCCAUUUGCUCUUCGGACGAAACCGAAGACGAGUGUAAAAACCGGAAAGGCGGCAUGCGAGGCGCUUUGCCGCACUUGCCCGGUUUUGCCCAGACGCAAACGCCCAUCGACGAAGGGAAAGCGAAAAUUGCCAUCAAAACUGGAUUUUCUAGCGCUGAAUUUACCGCGAAAAUUCAAUCCGAAAUCAAAUCGCGCGGUUUACAGGACGAACCUGUGUUAGUUUUAGAUGGUCUGGGUGAUUUCAGUCAAUCGCAAUUUGUCGAGCACGGGUCGCGAACGAGCGAUUUUACCGGGUUUGCCAAUAAAGAUGAAAACUUAGCUUUCGACGAUAUGCUCGGAAAAUCCACGCACCAGUGGUGCUGUUACAUAAACGGAACGGUCAUUCACCCGUUCCCGAGGCUUCACGCUUAG